GGGCGGGGCUGCGGUUGCGGUCCCUGCGCCUGCGGCGGCGACCAACGCGCAGCUGGUGGCGAGUGGGAGUGGCAAGCCACUGUGUCACCCAAUUUGGAUCCUGGCUUCCCUCAAAAGACUCUUAAGGCAAAUGUUUGAUGACCCUCUGGAGAAGCCAACACUACAUGUAACUAAGAUAUAUAGACUUAAAAAAAAAUAUUACUAGUUUUGAACGGAUUUUUUUCCAGCCACAUUUGUAUAUAUGGGUUUUCCUCACCAAAAUGAUGACUUUAAGUCUAUCCCUGGAGCAUGUGGAUAAUGUAACAGUUGGGAUGCAGUGAUGUCGACGCUGUGUCCACCACCAUCUCCAGCUGUUGCCAAGACAGAGAUCGCUUUAAGUGGUGAAUCACCUUUAUUAGCAGCUACCUUUGCUUACUGGGACAAUAUUCUUGGUCCUAGAGUAAGACACAUUUGGGCUCCGAAGACAGAACAGUUACUUCUUAGUGAUGGAGAAAUAACUUUCCUUGCCAACCACACCCUAAAUGGAGAAAUCCUUCGAAAUGCAGAGAGUGGAGCUAUAGAUGUAAAGUUUUUUGUGUUGUCUGAAAAGGGAGUAAUUAUUGUUUCAUUAAUCUUUGAUGGAAACUGGAAUGGGGAUAGGAGCACAUAUGGACUAUCAAUUAUACUUCCACAGACCGAACUUAGCUUCUACCUCCCACUUCACAGAGUGUGUGUUGAUAGAUUAACACACAUUAUCCGGAAAGGAAGGAUAUGGAUGCAUAAGGAAAGGCAAGAAAAUGUCCAGAAGAUAGUCUUAGAAGGCACAGAGAGAAUGGAAGAUCAGGGUCAGAGUAUUAUUCCAAUGCUUACUGGAGAAGUGAUUCCUGUAAUGGAACUGCUUUCAUCUAUGAAAUCACACAGUGUUCCUGAAGAAAUAGAUAUAACUGAUACAGUUCUCAAUGAUGAUGAUAUUGGUGACAGUUGUCAUGAAGGCUUUCUUCUCAAUGCCAUUAGCUCACACUUGCAAACCUGUGGCUGUUCUGUCGUAGUAGGAAGCAGUGCAGAGAAAGUAAACAAGAUAGUAAGAACAUUAUGCCUUUUUCUGACUCCUGCAGAGAGAAAAUGUUCUAGAUUAUGUGAAGCAGAAUCAUCAUUUAAAUAUGAGUCAGGACUUUUUGUCCAAGGCCUGCUAAAGGAUUCAACUGGAAGCUUUGUGCUACCCUUCCGGCAAGUUAUGUAUGCUCCUUACCCCACCACCCACAUAGAUGUGGAUGUCAAUACUGUCAAGCAGAUGCCACCCUGUCACGAACAUAUUUAUAAUCAGCGUAGAUACAUGAGAUCAGAGCUGACAGCAUUCUGGAGAGCCACCUCAGAGGAAGAUAUGGCUCAGGAUACGAUCAUCUACACGGACGAAAGCUUCACUCCUGAUUUGAAUAUUUUUCAAGAUGUCUUACACAGAGACACACUAGUAAAAGCCUUCCUGGAUCAGGUCUUUCAUUUGAAACCUGGUUUAUCUCUCAGGAGUACUUUCCUUGCACAAUUUCUGCUUGUCCUUCACAGAAAAGCCUUGACGCUAAUAAAAUAUAUAGAAGAUGAUACGCAGAAGGGGAAAAAGCCCUUUAAAUCUCUUCGGAACCUGAAGAUAGACCUUGAUUUAACAGCAGAGGGCGAUCUUAACAUAAUAAUGGCUCUAGCUGAGAAAAUUAAACCAGGCCUACACUCGUUUAUUUUUGGAAGACCUUUCUAUACUAGUGUACAAGAACGAGAUGUUCUAAUGACUUUUUAAAUGUGUAACUUGUUAAGUAUAUUUUGUCACAGUCAUUAUUGCUGCUAAAAUAGCUCAGUGAUAUGGGACAUAUCAGUCCCUCAGGUCAUACCCCAGAAUCCUACUCAGCAAUGGCAGUUAAGCUUAGUUACACUACAGUCGUCACAAGAAGUCUACAAGGGGAUGUCAGGUGCGUUGUUAACAAUGGGUACAUCUUUUCCUUUGAUGUGCUUUCUUGGGAUACAGACUUAUGUUUACAAUUAUAAUAAAUAUUAUCACUGUCUUUUAAAGACAUAGGGAUAGCAUAUAAACUUGACCACAACUACUGUUUUUUGAAACUUAGGAUUCAUGGUUUACAUGUAUCAAAGUGAAGUCUGAGUUAGCUUUCACAGAUAUAAUACUAGUUGACUUUCCAUCUUUUGGUGUUUCUUAGUAUAUGGGAUUACUGUAAUACUAUUGUGAUUAGCUGAAAAUUAGAGCAUCUGAAAUAUUUCAGUUCCAUAGACAGGAAGUUAACUUGAACCUAGCAUAAGCUUUAGGAAAAAAAUAUUGGUCAAGCAGAUGUUUAAUUGAAAUUCAUUUUUAGAUCCUACUUGUAGACUUAGUCCUUCAAAUUCAGUCUGUGUAGAUAUGUCAAGCAGUGUAUAUCGUCCCAAUUAUGAUAAACUACAGUCAGGGUGGUUUUAGUUUGUUAAGCUCUGUCAGAAAAUAUAACAAUUGAAUUUUAUGUUUUAGUAGAUGUUGCCAACUUUUUAAAUUAAUUUUCAUUAUUUUGAGCCAAAUGGAAAUGUGUACCUCCUGUGCCUUUUUUUUCCCUUGGAAAAUAUAAUUACUUAGAAGAAGUUCGUAUUUCACUAGUCAGUUAUUUUCAUCUUGUUUUCUUCUUGUAUAGUCUUACCCUGAUUUGGCAAUCAUUGUAACUUAGAGAUUAUUAAAUGCAAUAGAGAAUGUACUAGCUAGUAAUAUGUAUUUUCAGAAAUAGAAAAUAGUAUCUUGUCUUCUUCUUGCUUAUAUUUCUGUGCAUAUUUUUGAAGUUAUUGCCAUGUCUCUGCCUGCAUUACAUGAGGAAUAGCAAGAGAAACUUUACUGACGUGCUAUUAUACUAGGUGCUACUUAAGCAGAACUAAGUGGUCUAUUUCUUUUGUUUCCUUAAUGUGUUUAAACCAUUUUGUUAGCUAUGAAAUAACUGAUUAACGUAAUUCUGUGCUGGAAUAAUGUUGACAUAGUAAUAUAUAUAAGCAUAAAAAGUGUUUUUAUUUAAAACUGUGGAAGUGACACAAAAGGGACAAAUAUUUAUAAGAAAGGGAUAAAAGUAAUAGAGCGCCUCUGCCCUUACCCACCAGAUUUAACCAAAAAUAUGUUCUGUUGUAAAAGGUCUUAAUAGCCUUUAAUGUCACUAAUAAGAAAGUUGUACAGUUUGAUUUUUAGACACACACACUGAACUUGAACUGCUCUGUAGCUCAGUCAUGAAAAACUGUACAAAUACCAUGUUGUACCCCUUACUCAAUGUUUUUUUAUAUGAUAGAUUAUUUAAGUGCUGACUAAUUUUUUUUUCUGGUUUAUUGUAUUGUUACACAGAGUGCAAGUUGUAUAGUGAAAUAAGUUAUUAAAGCAUGUGUAAACACUGCUACAUAUAUUUUCUCCUAGAAGGAGAAUUUUGAAUAAAAUAUUUUUGAAAUUUUGUCUCCUA